UCCAGAUCCAUUUGAAAACGAAAGCGCCUAGUUUCAUUUGAAGGUCAUCAGUAUGCUUCAUGUUGUGCGUGCUAUACGCGCAUUACUGAAGGCCCCUCCAGUUAUUUUAAGAAACAUAUCAACCAAUAAUAAUGUCUCGGACCUUUCCAAAAUUCGUAAUAUCGGUAUAUCUGCACACAUUGAUAGUGGGAAGACAACACUUUCCGAAAGAAUUCUUUUCUACACCAACAGAAUAAAAGAGAUGCACGAAGUUAGAGGCAAAGAUGGAGUUGGUGCUGUGAUGGACUCAAUGGAGCUAGAGAGACUCCGUGGAAUAACAAUUCAAUCUGCUUCAACCUUUACAAUGUGGAAAGAUUGCACUAUCAAUCUCAUUGAUACACCCGGUCACGUAGAUUUCACAGUCGAAGUUGAAAGAGCUCUUCGAGUACUUGAUGGUGCAGUUCUAGUAUUAUGUGCUGUCGGUGGAGUCCAAUGUCAAACAAUCACAGUGACUAGGCAAAUGGAUCGUUAUAAUAUACCUCGAAUCGCAUUUAUUAACAAACUUGAUCGCCAAGGUGCAGAUCAUGUUCGAGUUCUUAAUCAAAUAAGGUCAAAGCUUAACUUCAAUUCAGCUUUUAUUAAUAUACCCAUAUGUCAAGAGCCAAAAAGUACAGGAAUAAUUGACUUGAUUAGUGAGACAGUUGUUUAUUUUGAUGAACCGUUUGGGUAAGUGUUUGAGUAAAGAUUUUUUCUCAUCAGUUUUUGCAUUCCCCUCUGUUAUAAUUCUCUCUUAGGGUUAUAACCCAACUAUUCCUAUUGCUUAGUAUUCUCGGACACUGAUUCACUCGACAAGUCCUCAAAUCAGAACACGGUUGUUUAGGAAAAGAGGUUAUAUUCCAAAUAACAAAGUUAGAUGGAAGUGAGUAAAUGCAAUAGGGAAAACGUUAGUAUAUUUAUAGUUUUUUCACAUGAGAUUUCUAGUGUUCACUAAGUAUGUGCAUUGAGCAUGCUUUAAUCCAGUCUAUGUCCCGCUAACACCCUCCUUAGUUUUAAUAAAUAUUUUGUAUUCUCUCACUUAGUGCUGUAAUUUAGUGGUCAACUUUUAACCGUUACUGAUACGGACCCCUCCCCGUUUGCUUUAGGUUUUAGCUGGGGAGUAGCGUCACCGGUCGUCAUACAAAGUGCGUUGCUCAACUCCGUAUGAAAUCAUUAUUUAUCAGCCUCAAUCGUUUAUAAAACUGCGGACUACCAGAACGUGAUUCUUAAGGUUAAACGCGUUAACAACUGAAAACCAUGAAAUAGUGUUGAUCUCAUUGAUAUGAUGACAUAUCUUACCAUAGUGUAACUCAUCAAGUAUACGUCCAUUCACUCCUGUCCAAUCCCAUUGUUUGUCUAAGGAGUAGUAAUGCUACUCAGCUACUUAAAACAAAGUAUAUAGAAUUGGAACCCGAACCGUUCAGUGGAUAAGUCACCAUCCCAUGUUUUCUUGUUUACUAGAAUUCAUUUACUUUCUAGCUGUUGUAUCUUGUUCUACUAAACAGAAUAUGAAAAAUUUUCACCCAUUGAACUAUUGUGCUACAAUUUUUUAUUGUUAUUGUUGAUGAAUGAACUAAGGAGUUUUAGUAUCCUUGAUUUAAAGUUAAGUAGUAGUAUCAAAGGCA